AUGAAAAACAAACAUGACAAUAGGAAACUAUUAAUGUGCCUCCUCCUUCCAUUUGCGGCAGCCGUGGUAAAUUUCAGCUUGUCAUUCCUAUUGGUAACUCAUAACGACAAUCAUGGCAAUCUUAACUCUCAUGAUCCGUCAUUGAGCAACACUAAGAACAGUCCAGGAGAAAAGAUUGGCAACCCAUUAAAAAACAAGCGAUUACGGCUACUUCUUGCCAAAACAAUUUCUACGCGAGAUGUGGACGAUACCGUGCAUGACAUCAAGAGCAUACAGAUGCAGCAUUCCGAGGAUUUUCACAUUGAAUGGAAGGUAUUCUGCUACAAGAAUGAGACCUACCAAAGCAUUCUAUCAACAUACAGCGAAGCCGCAUGGAAAGAGCAGUUCAAUACUGAAAUUCAUUUCUGGCCCGGCAAGAAUAAGAUCAAUUUUUGGCACAGGUUUCUCAAGCCAGAAUUGAUCCCAGAUUACAUUGACUACCUGUGGAUGAUGGACGGCGACAUUCGGUUGCGGAAUAUGGCAUGGGAUUGCUUCUGGGAUACUGCCCUCACCUUCAAACCUGCAAUUUUCGCCCCUACCAUCAUGUCAAGUCUCAGCUACAAGACCGAACGACGGAAGCUCUACACUGGGUCGACGCAUCCACACCAGUGCUACAAUACCUCGUACAUUCCUCAAAUCAAGAACGACUUUCAACGACUAGUGGCAAUGGAUGUUUGGGUGAUUGAAAUUCAGUUGCCAGUUUUCAAUGUGGCAGCAUGGGAAACAAUAUAUAAGGUCUUUUCAGAGAAUGUACCAGGAUGGGGAGACUUUGAGUCCAUGUGGGGUCCCGACCUGUAUUGGUGUAAGUUGGUGGAUCAUCAUUUGUUGAACGUGAAGGAUACGGAACGGGAACGACUACAAGGCCGACCAAGAAUGCAUUGGGAUGAUGUGAAAGAAACCUGCUCCUUUGACGAUUCUGUAAAAUAUCCAAUCGACGAAGGACUGUAUCUUGACAAUACGGGACCAUCAUCAGCGUCGUCGUCGUCGUCGUCAUCAUCAUCCGGUCCUCGACAACUGCCGCAUGCCUGCAUGAUUAUGCAUUCGACUCCCGUGGAGCAUCUGGACACCAAAACCAUUGAUUCACAUUUAAAAGGGCCCAAUAAAGUUGGCCCCCAAGACGAAGCCCAGUACCAAGAGGCAUUUCCAGAAUUUGUGGCUCGAUUGAAUGCGGCCCACCGGCAUGUCUACCGCGCCUAUUUCUCCGACGACCCAGAACGAUACAACUGUCAAGCUUGCAAACAUGCUGGUUGUCUGACUGAAAGUGAUUGA